AUGUUAAAUUUCGAGUUAUCGAUAGCGAUCGGUUACCCUUGCGUGGACAAUCAAAAAAAAAGGGGGAUCAACUACGAAUUUUUUUACGCCGCCAUCUUUAGCGGUGAUGGGGGUGGUGGUGGUGGCGAUGGCGGUGUCAUUAGUGUCGUAGAUCUUUCUUAUCCUCUCGCUUCUCACGUUGGCUCCCCUUUUAUCCCCCAAUUAAAAAAGAAAAAGGUUAAAGUUCAAACGCACAAAGGAUUUCUUAAAGACUGUCCCAAUGGCCUACUAACAGAGCAGGGAUUCAUCAAAAUUUACAAGCAGUUCUUCCCACAAGGCGAUCCUAGUAAAUUUGCAUCGUUAGUAUUUAAAGUGUUCGAUGAAAAUAACGACGGUUCAAUCGAAUUCGACGAAUUCAUUCGAGCUCUUUCAGUGACGUCGAGAGGAAAUCUUGACGAAAAAUUACAUUGGGCUUUCAGGUUGUACGAUGUCGAUAACGACGGAUUCAUAACUAGAGAUGAAAUGUACAACAUUGUAGAUGCCAUAUAUCAAAUGGUGGGUCAAGUGCCGCAAGCAGAAGAUGAAAACACGCCGCAAAAAAGAGUCGAUAAAAUAUUCGAUCAAAUGGAUAAAAAUCACGAUGAUCGAUUAACGUUAGAAGAAUUUCGAGAAGGUAGUAAAGCCGAUCCUAGAAUCGUACAGGCUUUGACACUUGCCGGUGACAAUUAG